AUGGCCCCCCAGAAAGUUGCCAGCGUGCGCCACAAAUCGAGGCCAUCAGCACGACUUGCUCCCUUCCGCGAUGACAGCAGUCUGGUAGCGCUGCGGUACGAGCAGACAAAACAAGCAGAGCCUCCCAUUCCCCUUCCACCACCGAGAAAUCCUCGCCGCAUAAUGCAUCGCCCUGCGUCGACCAUCGCAUCGUCCUCCCCGAGUUCGCCAAUCACCAUCAACCCCCCGCCUGUUCCACCGCCGCAAGAAGAGCACCCUCUGUUCCGCACCCAGCCAUCACCCCGGUCCCCAGCAGACGAGUGGAAGAGAGACUCGGGUCUGGCGCCGACAUCUUCUUCGGUUACGCUCCGAGAAGAAGGUGCUGAAGAUCCUGGGUUUCAAAAGUUCCUCGAGGUUAUCGAUGAUACGGCAUCGGUAUACUCCUCUGACGAGCAGCAGAACGGCCGAAAGGACGCGUCUCCGAUCCUAGAUAUCUUUCCCACUCCACCUCUGCGUAUCUCGAUUCCUCCUCGUCGCUCCGAGUCUGAGUGUGCGCCCCAGGACAACGGAAUUGUAUCACCUAGUCAGACCACGGCGCCGGCAUCGCCAGUGACACCAACACGUCAAACGUCUCUCACCAAGAGAAUAGGCCAAACACUAGGACUCCGCUCCAAGUCGGAAGGGUCGAAACGGUUGCGAAAAAAGAUGCUUGGCGACGACAAGGCUGCAGCUGCAACGGCCGAGGCUGGUCAUGGAACAGCCAUGCGGGGCGUGCCGGGGCCGCUAAAAUCGCCUAAACUCACCGUGCUCCCCAGUUCUCCCACUACCCCAGCAGGGGCCCCUGUCUUGCGCGGCAGCUCUAACAGGGGAAACAUUCCUGCAACAUUAGGAUCUUCUGCAACAGCCACAACUCCCACUACCCCCACAGCUCCUACAACUCCUGCAAGUACAGGAGAUACCACUUUCAUGCCUCUCGACACGCCCAUUCCCGCCGACAGCCUGUGGGACGACCUCGGUGACCUGUCCUUCUCCAAGAGAGGCAGCAUCAUGUUUGGCGGCAAAAGUGACCCAUUCAAGAUGUUGAAGGCCGCCGGCGCAACCAGCUCGGCGGCAGCUCCCGCGACAGCGACAGGAAAAGAAACCGCGACACCGCUCUUGACGACGACGACGACGACGACGACGGAAUCCCCCGACGCGGCGGCCACGACGGUAUCCAGCGACCGCCCUCCCACCGACUCGGACACGAUCACGACAACCCCCGAGAAGACACGCUCGUCGACGCACACCACCACCCUGUCGGUACCGAGCAUUCGCGUCCUGCCGGUAGAUGUAGAGAGGGAAUCACAAAAGGUGAGAUCGCUCUAUGAAUCGUCUGGCGAGGGCUGUGGCUUGAACUGGGAGGAUGGGGGGCACGUGUCGUCGUCGUCGUUUGGUUGCGGCGUCGGCAGCAACACCACCAGUGUUGUCGAUCAGCAUCAUCAGCAUCGGCGCCUCGAGCCCACAGUGGAAGUCCCAUCCGAAGAGGAAGAGAUAGCAGUUGUAUCUUCUUCUACUCCUCCCUCUUCAAGUCGGGUACCGUCAAGCGCAGCCGGUCAGCAACAGCAAGCUCAGCAACAGCAGCAAGCGCCAAGCGACCGUCUCUCAGCGCGUACUACUCCAGCGUCGAAUACACCACGGUCGGCCAGUUCCUUGUCUCCGCUACGAGAUAGCCACGCUUCUGCCGCCGUCACGAGGAGGGAAUAUGAAAGGGCGGGUGGUAUUGAGGACUGGGAGGAUGUAGGGUUUUCGGAUGUGGAUCGGUAUGGGUUCAUCAGCCAGCGCCCACCUGCAAGACCGGAAACGGCGAGGGCUGGGACCCCAGAGUUGAGGUCGGCGCAGAUGCCGCCUAGAAGGAGGAACGUGCUGACCAAGAGGCCCAUGACGGCUUAUUCCGCCACCGGGGGUGGAGGUGGUAGUUUGGGGGGUUACAUUCGACCACCAAGCAGGAAGGUUUCGACAAGGUCACUCAACACUUUUACGAGCGAAUUCUCGACUCUGUCGAGGAGAUCGACGAGGAGCUCGAUCAGAUCGGCGACGAAUCGGUUGCCGCAUAAUAGGGAUCGGAGGUGGAUGGAUGAGGCGGGGGACAUGCUUGCUUUGCAGGCGGGACUGACGGGGAUCAACACGGAUGAUCAUGGGGAUGGGGGAGGGGUGGGGUUUGCCAGCAACGUCGGGGUGAACGGGGGGAAGAACACGGAGGCACAGAAACGUAAGGAGUUGGAACGGGCCGAGAAGUGGAGGAAGAUGGCGACUGUUGUGAAUAAGAAGGCUGGGUCGUCGCCGUCGGCCUCACAGCCAAGUAGUCAGGGGCAGGGGAUGGAUUACGAAUUCGACACCAAAAACGCAAAGUUGAUUGACAGGACCUGGAAGGGCAUCCCGGACUGCUGGCGGGCGGCGGCGUGGUAUUCCUUUUUGGCCACGAGCGCCAGGCAGUGGAAGAGCACCGAGACGGACGACUAUUUGAUUGCCGAAUUUACGAGACUGCAGCACGAGAGCUCGCCGGAUGAUGUGCAGAUUGACCUGGACGUGCCGAGGACGAUUAACGGGCAUAUCAUGUUCCGCAAGCGGUAUCGUGGCGGUCAGAGGUUGCUUUUCAGGGUGCUGCAUGCCAUCUCGCUGUUUUUUCCCGAGUUGGGCUAUGUGCAGGGGAUGGCGCCCCUUGCGGCGACGCUGCUGUGUUAUUUUGACGAGGAGAGGUGUUUUGUCAUGCUGGUGAGGAUGUGGCGGUACCGCGGGCUGGAGCACCUUUACAAGCCCGGCUUUGCGGAGCUGAUGGGGGUGCUGGAGGACUUUGAGAACAGGUGGCUGGCCGGGAAGGACGUGGCGGCCAAGCUCAAAGAGCUGGCGAUUGAUGCCACGGCGUAUGGGACGAGGUGGUACCUGACGCUGUUCAACUUGAGCAUUCCGUUCCCGGCGCAGCUGAGGGUGUGGGAUGUCUUUAUGCUGCUGGGGGAGUGCCCGCCUCCAAAUUAUGAGGAGCAGCAGCAGCAGCUGGGGGAAAAGGAAAAGGGGAAGGGACCCGGGUUGGGAGCCAGGGGUGUGCCAAAGGGGCUGGAUAUCCUGCAUGCCACGAGCGCGGCGCUGAUUAAUGCGUUGAGGGAUGUGUUGCUUGAUUCGGACUUUGAGAACGCGAUGAAGGCGCUGACGGCUUGGAUUCCGAUUAAGGAUGAGGAUUUGCUCAUGAAGGUUACGAGGGCCGAGUGGAGGGUUCAUCAUAAGGAGGGGGGUGGGGGGAGUAAGUGGAAGAUGUGA